UUGGUAAUCACUUCACCCUUCUGCCAGUUCCAUCUUCUGGUGUCCUAUCCCACAACUCAGAGCCCGCCUUUCGACUUCAAGCGAACCGGCUUCCACUCCUUUACGAACCUUGACAUACAACAAGACAUCGUAUCACCACCCACCUGCCCCCCCACCCAACUAUAUUUAAGCUUCUAUGAGAAGCUGCUUGUGAUAGCCACGAUCUUGUCUGUCCAAACUCAAGCCCCCACGGCAUCAAAUAGCGGCACCUUAUUUGUAAGCCGGGAUACACACGGUUUAGACAGCACGACAGUGUGCCUUGUUUCGUCAGAGACAAUGGACAGCCAAUACUACCGCGGCGCAAACUAUUAUGUUAACGCAACGUCUCCAGUAUCGUCCGGAGACUAUCUCGAAUCUCCCACGUUUUUAGAGGCCCCGGAACUCGCGCGUCAGCUGUCCGACGUCAGCUCCAGAGGCCCUCUCACACCAUCUUCGUACGGCUCCUCGCCUGGGAUGUCAUUCUCGUAUCCGCACAACAUGAGUCACUCCCCGCCGGGCAAUUAUGGAGACAGCUACGAUGAGAGCUACGGGGACAGCUAUUCGGGGUACUACGGCGACGAUUAUACGAGCGUCGCGUCGUCGUCAGCACCACAAACCUCAGAGCCAUACUAUGGAGAUAUCGACUGGUCCCAGUACGACUAUGUCCCUACGGAAGACGGAGGCUACUGGCAGAUGAAACCACGAUACGUUCCGGCAGGGCAGUAUCCAACAGUGAUACCCCACCAAGGGGGCCAGGAGCAACAAGAGGUGGUCGACUACAAGUUCCCCUGUCUGGAGGCGGGCUGCACAGCCAACCCGUUCAAACGCAAAGCGGACCUCGAAAGGCACUACAGACAAGUUCACCAAGACCCGUCCAAAAAGGAAGCUCACAAGUGCGACUACCCCAAGUGUUCGCGGAAGAAUGAGCCGUUUGGACGACGGGACCACUUCCGGGACCACCUGCGAGACUACCACAACGAAGACAUCUUCAAGCGGGGCACACACGUGGACGACAGCUGGCUCCAAGGACGCAACCUCUCGUCGCGGUGGUGGCGGUGCUCAAAAUGCUUGAUCCGAGUCGACGUCAACUCGUACCCUGACCACGUCUGCCCAAAAUGCAAAAACCCGUGCGAAGACAAGCGCAAGCGUGCGAGAGGUUGGCAUUGAGGGUCGUCAAGAGCACUGCCCCGCGGUCGAGGAGGAUUUCCAUUGGGUGGGAGGGCCAAAAAAAAGCUGAUGCCUAGAGGUGAAGAACACACACACCCACACCCACACCCACGCUUGCACUCGCGCGCACACACCUAUACAGAUACAUACCUACAGUACCUACCUGCAAGGGCUUGGACGGCGGCUGUUUCCCCACAUGGAUGGGACGGCGGUCGACGUUCGCGGCGAUACGCAAGCCAGGACGGAGCCCAGGAGCCGGGACCGUUGCCCGACACCGACAGAACACGACAACCUGACAACGGACCCCGCCGUCUUGUUUGGUUCGGUCCACUUGCAAAGAGUGCGGCUGAGCCAACACAAGCUCAUGACGUUGGCAACCACAGGGCCGGAUGGCAGGGCCAAUGGCGUCGGAAUGACUCGGCCCUGCUGCAGCCCUCGUUCUCUUUCGGAACUGGGUGGCCGGCGCAGUUGCAGCGAGGCCAGUUCGUGACGGAACCAAAAAGGCCAUGAGAGGUUACCUUUUUCGCCUAGUUGCGACUGGGCGUGUGCAGUAUCAUCCCAGGCAGUCAGGUGGAACAGGAGGGUUGCGAGGGACCGCGGAAGAGGUGUCGUUCGACACCGAGCCUUGCCCGAGUAGGCAGGCUUCGAGAAGGGUUCCAUGCGGGCUAAUGUAUGUGGCUUUGGCCACACCACAUCUGAUGAGGUGGUUCCCCCCUUCACAAAGCCUCCCGGCUGGCUGCUUGCCUUUGGAAGGUGCAGAGGAGGGGGGGGGGGGUGAGAACACAUGGCAAGGGUGACGGCAAGGUGGUUGGGCCUAGUGGUCUUGGUGUCGUCGGGUGUGUGUGUGUGUGUGUGUGUGUGUGUGUGUGUGUGUGCUUGUUGUGGUAUUUCUUUUCUGCAUGGCGGCGGGGCUGUGUCUCUUUUUUUUCUUCCCUGUCUUGUUUUGAUUCGAUUUGUUUGGGACUGGGGUGUGGGAAGAGGGGAGAGAGGAAGAGACCAGAGGAAUGAGUUGAUACGACGGACAACGAUUGGACACCUUGCAUGUGUGGCGCAAGGCAUUUUCAACAUGACGGGGAGAGGAGAGCCAGGCCGUUUCCCCUCCCGGGCUGAUGUGGGUCGGCUCUCGGUCUUCUCGCACUCGAGGCAUGGCAUUCCAGGGUCCCGACUGGGCUCCAUCGGACAACGGAGUGGACAUGCAUACGGGACGCGGCGACGGCUUACCUUUUUCAGGACGGGAGGAACAUCUCUUGCUUCCCCUUUCUUUUCUUUUUCUUUCUUUGUUUUGUUUAAUGAGGAUGACUGCUAUGACAUCAAACGAUGAUACACAAUUCGGGCAGGAGAGAGGAAGGGUAAUCUAAUGGAGACGACAGAAUUGGAAGAGAGACGGACGGAGAGACAGUGUCAAAGUAAGACGACGAAGAGGAAGAAGAAGCACAUAAAGAUACCCUGUUCGGAAAUACACCCGCAUCACAUCAUAUCGCGUUACAUCGCAUCGUCCACGGCUGACGGGAGCGGGAGAGGAUGCCAACCGUAC